AUGGCGAGACAAACAGCAUCAACAACAACCCCCCUUACAACUCUCUCUCCCCCAUCCAAAUACAUCCACUCCUCAACCUCAACCUCGCCACCCUUAACCCUACCCCCUCACUCCCGCCUUCCCCCCAAAGCACCUCAACCUCAACCCCAACCCUUACACCUCCCCCUCCGCCAGCGCGCCAAAAUAAUCCUCGGCUUCUCCGGCAUCGGCAAAACGCACCUUGCCGCGCACGCGAACCGCGAAUACGAAUGGUUGCACGUAAUCGACUAUUCACUCGAGCGACACCAUCUAGAUUUCAGCUGCGAUUAUCAAACCGAGUACCUACAAACAAUAUCUGCUGCGGUAUCGCAGCCGGGGGUUUUGUUAUUGGGGGGACCGCGAUGGGUGGGAGAGUUUUUGGUGAGGAAUGGGUGGGCGUUUAGUAGUGUGUUUCCGAAAUUGGAGUGUAGAGAGGAGUAUGCAGUGAGGUGGGAUCAGAUGGGGGAGGAGGAGGGGUUGAUUGCGCAUCGGUUGGUGGGGUGGGAGGAUGCGGUGAGGGAUAUGUGGUGGGGGGAGGGGAGGUGUAAUCAUUUUGAAUUGGGGGAGGGGGUUUAUUUGGAGGAUAUUUUUAUGGAUGUUUUGACGGCAGCGGAUCAUGUGGAGGGAUCUGGGAGUGGGGAGAAUGAGGAUGGGGAUGAGGAGUUGGGAGAGGUGUGGUAUGAUGCGCAUGAGACGUUACAAGGAUCUUCUGCGGGACGGAAAAGAUCACGUACGGAGAAUGAUACCAUACGACAAAUUGUCCAAAGUCUCACGACUCGCCAAUCCUCUCGAAUUCAAUCUUUCCUCAACUACACUUUUCUGAUACUUCAGUUUAUUUUCCUCUGUACCCUAGCCACGCUCAUCCUACUAGCAUACAAAGAAUGGAAUCUUUGGCAAUCGAGAAACAAACCAAAUUUCCCUACCAUUGGGGAAUUUUCCGGUCUGAGUGGUCUGAGUAGGAUGCACAAUAUGUUUAGUCACUGGUUUCUUCCAGACUGUAUAUCGGCCAUCUUGCCAAACUCACGAAAAACUUGGCUGGGCACAUCUGAUUUUCGGGAAGAACUUGUAAUGUUGGUUCAGAAGUGGUUAGAUUUGGAGAAAUCUUUAUUGGGUUCUUGA